AUGAAGUACACAGUUAGUAUAGGAGCAUAUCUUCUUUUAUUACUUUUUGCUGCUCAUGCCUCAGGGGCUAGACUUCAGGUGUGCAAGCCAAGUGGCAAAAUUAGGGGCAAAAAGCCACCUCCAGGUAAAUGCAACCAGGAAAAUGACUCCGACUGUUGUAAAGAAGGCAAGCUCUAUGACAAGUACACAUGUUCGCCUCCAGUGUCUGGAAGCACCAAUGCAGUUCUAACCCUUAAUAGCUUUGAGAAGGGUGGAGAUGGUGGCGGGCCAUCAGAAUGUGACAAGAAGUACCACUCUGAUGAUAAACUUGUUGUCGCGCUAUCGACUGGAUGGUACAGUGGAGGGGGAAGGUGCCUUAACAACAUUACCAUAAGUGCUAAUGGCCGAAGCACAAGUGCCAUGGUUGUGGAUGAAUGUGAUUCUAGUAAGGGAUGUGAUGCGGACCAUGAUUAUCAACCUCCAUGUGCUAAUAACAUUGUUGAUGCUUCAAAAGCAGUAUGGAAAGCAUUGGGGGUGCCUGAAAAUGACUGGGGUUGGUUGCAUGUAACAUGGUCCAAUGCCUAG